GGCUAUCCAUGCUUAUACACAUAGGUAGGGAAGACGCCGAGGUCUGCAGUCUAUACCUUGUACCUGUGGCAGAGUGGUGACAUAAGGAGGUACCAUGGUGAUAUAAUACGGAAACAACUCAUAAACAGAGAGCGAUCUCAGGUUUUUCGGUCAGUUUUUGGAUUUAAACAUACCUGCUUGUGACGUAUAGACCAUGUGGAUGUUACUUCCACUGAUUGUGCUUUUGUCUGUGAAAGGCUCAGAAAGCCAACUUUGCCAGUGUGAGUCCGCAGAACCGGUAUGCUUUUUACCAUAUGACAAGGACUGCAAGCAGUUCGUUUUCUGUGUUAAUACUAUUGCUCACUUACGACGAUGUGCGUUCGGAACGUUCUUUGAUCCUGAAAGGAAGUUAUGCACAUUUUCAGCUGAGGUAGUAUGUUCUGCAGAUCCAUGCGUUCAAGAUCCGUCUUUAAAGUCAUAUUUUGAUGGUGAUGGACAUUGCAAGCAUUACUGGCGAUGUGUGGAGGGCAAAUCGUCCCCCGACUGCUGCACCGAGGGGAUGGGUUAUGACGAAGGCCUUCAAACGUGUGUACGUUCGGAUUCGUGCACAUUAAAAUGCGAAGUUGGUCCAUCAGUAGAAAGCAAUGGAAAUACCGAUAAAGUACCUGUCCAACCACAGACAGAGAUACCCGUUCCUGCAUUGACUACCGCAAAACCCCAGACAGUGCCUGGCUGUAAGCUCCGCAUGAUUCGUCACAAUGGACGUGGAUUUUACCAUGUUGAUAGGGAGCAUGAACCCCUCUCGUGCCCCGCAGGAACAACAUUCAGCGAAGCAGCCUGUGGCUGUGUUGAUUCUAGAUACAAGCCAACGUGCAAGCUAGAAGUCCUCAUUUCAUUUGGAAAAUCUGGCGGUAAGAUUGAAAAUCGAGCAACGACCAUCUUUAUCGGCCAUGAGAAUCUCGAUAUUCUACGUGGAUUUGGACUUUUUAAAGGAAAUUCUCAAAUUAAUGUGCCAUUUUAUACUGGAAAUGAUAACCUAUCAAGAAAAUUCGGAUUCCAAAUACGACUUUACGUUCUACGACCUAAAGUUCCUGAGGAACAGACUCUUUUGUCGAACUGUGACGACACCGAUGGUCAUAUGUCUUCUCUUGAGAUCAAGCUUGACCCCACGCGAGAGUUAAUGCGAUACAGAGCCAGAAGUGCCGACGGAGAAUGGACAGAACUUGUUUUACCAUAUAAGGAGAAGGUUUGGACGAAUGUGCUGUUUAUAUUCAGUGGUACAGAUCUACAGGCUAUGCUUCAAUAUGUAGAUCCAGCAACUGAUAAAAUCGUGGAGGAAGUUCAAAAGCGAACGUUUACAAAUACCUUAAAGGUCAGUCCGGGGCCUUUGAGAGUAGGUGGAUGUAGUGGCCUUACUGGAGUCCUGGCAUUUGUAGAUGAGAUUGCCGUUUCAUUUUGCAAAAUGGACUUUCCAGAAAACAAGCAAUGAUUUAUAUUAUACUUAUAUUGCUAUCAACCUCAUACAUUAUUCAGCGUAUAUGCACAUGCACGGCAAAGGUAGAUGGUAGAUUGCACUGUGUUACGCUGGUUGUAACAUUUAGAGUAGAGCACCGUAUUCGGACAUUUCUGUUAGAAAAACAAAUUAGGAAUAACAAAUCUUGUAAGGGAAUGACAGAUACUGAGAUGCAACCUUUCUGAUAUUGGAUAUACAUUUUUUAGUCAUUAACAGUAACUUGUCAUAUUUAUAAGAAUAAAUUUUGUUAAUUAUUAGAAUAAAUUUUCAUAUUUAUCAGUAUACUUUUUCAUGUUUAUCAGAAUAAAUUCUCUUUCUUAUUAAAACAAAAUGUCACAUUUGUAUGAAUAUAAUUUAAAACUUAAAAUUAUAAGAAUACAUUGUUAAUUAUAAGAAUCAAUUUUCGUAUCUAUUGGAAUACGUUUUUAUGUUUAUAAGAAUAUUUUUUUCAUAUUUAUCAGAAUAUUUUUUUCAUAUUUAUUCGAAUGAAUUUUCAUUUUCAUAAGAAAAAAACACUGAAGUGUUCUAGCAUCAGUAUAUGAACAAAAUUACGAAGAAAUAACUUGGACACAUAGGCAAACAUGACAUCGGUAAUCACGUAACAUUUUGAAUAUAUAUCUCGUUGUAAGUAUCUUUAGUUUCCUCGAAAACAUCUCGUUAUUCUUUACAUUUACGUUCAACAGAUUUGGCCGAGUCAUCAUUAUUUACUGUAAAUAUAGUUUUUACUGAGAAUGAAUAAAAUCUUUUUUAAAAAAUAAA